AGCAGAGCACCAAACCAAGGAAGGAACAUCCUUUGAUCCUGAUUCUAACGUAUAGAUAGAAAUACAAAUCGUAGAGUCGAGAAUAUGACGGAUCCGAGUGUUUCCAAUUUCACAAUUCAAGAACACAUUCGUCGUUGAUAUUAAUUGCGGCCUACAGCUGUAUUAACGAGGACCAAAAACAAAAAAACAAAAAUCAUUUCAAUUUCAGUCUUUCCCCCCUUUCUCGUCCUUCUGAAAUUCCCCAAAUUAUUUGCUGUUCAAUCUUUCCCUCCACAUUUUCACUCUCAUUCCCAAAGUCUUGAAUGAAAACCCUCCCAUCCCUCUCCUCCCAUAUCCAUUUCUUCCAGAACGUUUAUGCGAAUUUUUGAGUUCCGAUGGAAACCCAAUCCUCAGAAACCCUAGAAGCUCCGUCUCGAGAACUCAGUUGCCCCGGUUCGCCCAAUACCCGGCCCGGAUCUCCGAUCACUUCGUCCGGUGAGGUCAAUGUGGACUCUGGUAGCACGCCGGAUUCCGAUAAUAUAUUGGAUUGGGAUGAUCAGAUGGAAAGAGAAGUUCCUCAAGACGAGAGGCAUUCAAUCGUGGGCGGGGGAUUUUCUAAUCUGGGCAAUACCUGCUUUCUAAAUGCGGUUUUGCAAUGCUUCAUGCACACAGUCCCUGUUAUUGAAGGCCUACUAGGUCUCCAUCAUCCGUCUCCUUGUGAUGGCUAUAUUAAAGAGUUCUGUAUGAUUUGUGCUCUAAAGGAGCUUGUGGGAAACUUAUUUGCUUCCGAUGGCAGUACUGUCUUCCCUUGGAAACUCGUCAACAAUUUAAACUACUUUUCAUCUAGUUUCCAGCGUUACCAACAGGAAGAUGCUCAUGAAUUCCUCCAGUGUUUUCUGGAUAGACUUGAAAGCUGCUGCAAGGAUACGAAGCAGAAGGAAUCAAUGCCCCCACAAUAUGUCAACCUUGUCACACAGACCUUUGGAGGUCGCCUCGUUAGCAAACUACGGUGCUGCAAUUGUGGUCACUGUUCUGACACGUACGAGCCCUUGAUUGACUUGAGUUUGGAGAUCGAAGACGCAAACAGCAUUCCUGCUGCUUUGGAGUCUUUUACAAAGGUUGAAAAUAUUGAAGAUCUGGAGACAAAGUUCACAUGUGAUAAUUGUAAAGAACAAGUGCUGGUUGAGAAGCAGCUUUUACUGGAUGAGACCCCUUCGGUAGCUGCAUUUCAUUUGAAGAGAUUCAAAAAUGAUGGUUCUGUUGUUGAGAAGAUUGACAGACAUGUUGCAUUCCCACUUGAAUUGGAUUUGCUUCCAUAUACUGCUGUAAAGAAUCAAGGAAGUGAAGGAGAUUCAAAAUAUUAUCUUUAUGCUGUUUUGGUGCAUAUUGGAUUCUCAUCUUGUUCUGGGCACUAUUACUGCUUCAUCCGUGCUGCUCCAGAUGUGUGGUACAAAUUUGAUGACUCCCAGGUGACCUGUGUUACAGAAGAUUAUGUCAUGUCUCAAGAGGCAUACAUUCUUUUCUAUGUGAAAUCGGGCAUUCCAUGGUUUUCAGAUUUUAUCGAAACGCAAAAGCUCUCUAUAUUCAAACCCGUCUUUAACACUUCUCCCAAGUCAGUCCUAGAGAACGUGGAUGCCACCACCGUCCCACCACGAACGUGUAGCAAUGUUGCUGACAUGGCAUCACCAACAAGGUUUUGCGAAGAGAACCAUGACAACUUCAAGGAAAGCAAAGAAAAUGUGGGCCCACAGAUGAUGUCCCCUCCUGCAUUUCCUGUUGAAACAAGGUACUCGGAUGCCUCAACUUCUGCAGAAGUUGAGGUAAUGCUUUCUCCAUCUCCACUGAGAGAGAGGAGCAGACAGUAUAAUGGCAUUUCUAAGCUGCGUGCGUAUAUGACUCCGAAAACACCAACAAGAUCUCCAAGCCCAGAUGAUAUAUACAAAGAUGAAUCCCCCGAAAAUGUCUAUUCAAUCCCUCGCGGGCAUUUGCGUGUGGUGGAUCAGAGUUCUGGUCGAAAAAGAGAUUCCCAGAAGGAAGCAGAGGCAGACGAGGAGAGAAAGCAUGCACUUUUGCUGGUCAAGAAGACAGUGCGCGGCUCAAGAGGGCAUCAAUUAAUGGCUGCUCUGAGAGGAACACAGAGCGAAAGCUCUGUCGACAAGAAGAGGAGAAGAGUGAUCGCUUCUCCCCCACUCAAAGAAGGCAGCAACAGUUCUAACCCUUUUCACAAAUCCCGUCAUCCAUCUGGUUCAUCACGUCCUAUAAUAGCCAGUGGCCCUAGAUGAAUUUCAAUUUCACUUGUACACACCAAUAUAUAUAAUUAGCGAAGAAGCCCACCAGUCAUUGAAUUGUCUGGGGAGUUUUGGUAUUAUAGAAGAGAUCGUAGCUGAUCAUUCCAGAAAAAAACAGUUUUAGCUUUUAGAGUAAAUUGAAUUGUUUAGG